CAUCUCACCAACUCAGUUCAGGUCCGAAACUCAGUGGAGCUUGCGAACAUGAAGGCGUUUGUGGUGUUGUCGGUGGCCCUGGCCAUCGCAUCCUGUGCGGCAGUCGAGCAAGAAACGUCCAAGAAGGACAAGCGAGGCCUGUGGGAGCUCGGAGAUAACCAUUACGGAUUUGAUGACUACGCGCAUCAUCAUACCAAGGUGCAUCACCACACCAAGGAGAUCGUCACGAAGCACGUGGACCGCCCAGUCCCAUACCCGGUUGACCGUCCUUAUCCAGUUGAGGUUGUGAAGAAGGUUCAUGUUGACCGACCAGUCCCAUACCCAGUGGAAGUGAUCAAGCACGUUGACCGUCCUUACCCAGUGGAAGUGAUCAAGCAUGUCGACCGACCUUACCCAGUGGAGGUCGUCAAGAAGGUCCCAUAUCCAGUGGAGGUCAUCAAGAAGGUCCCAGUUGUUGUGGAGAAGAAGGUCCAUGUUGACCGUCCCGUCCCAUACCCAGUGGAAGUCGUGAAGAAGGUCCCAAUCCAUGUUGAUCUUCCAUACCCCGUGGAGGUCGUCAAGAAGGUCCCGUACCCGGUUGUCCAGAAGGAGUUCGUCGAAGUGCCCAAGCCUUACGCAGUUCAUGUCGAGAAGCCCGUCCCCGUGCUCGUCGAGAAGAACCACCAUCACCACGUCGAGAAGCACUGGGAUCAGUACUGAGUGGUCUGAGUUUGUGAGAUC